AUCAGUCAAGGUAAUGUCCCCGGUGUUGAGAGCGCGUCGCUGGCCAUGGACACAGAGGAGGGAGUCGAGGUGGUGUGGAAUGAGGUGCUCUUCAAUGACAGGAAGGUCUUCAAGGCACAGGAGGUACGGCAAAGUUAGACGGGGUGUCUCAAAAUAGCACCCUAUUCCCUAUAUAGUGCACUACUUUUGACCAGGGCUCAUAGGACUCUGGUCAAAGUAGUGCACUACACUAAGUAUACAAAACAUUAAGAACUCACAUAGACUGACCAGGUGAAUCCCGGUGAAUGCUAUGAUCCCUUAUUGAUGUCACUUGUUAAAUCCACUUCAAUCAGUGUAGAUGAAGGGGAGGAGACAGGUUAAAGAAGGAUUUUUAAGCCUUGAUACAAUUGAGACCUGGAUUGUGUAUGUGUGCCAUUCAGUAGGUGAAUAGGCAAGACAAAAUAUUUAAGUGCCUUUGAACAGGGGCUAUGGUAGUAGGUGCCAGGCGCACUGGUUUGUGUCAAGAACUGCAACGCUGCUGGGUUUUUCACGCUCAACAGUUUUCCGUGUGUAUCAAGAAUGGUCCACCACCCAAAGGACAUCAGCCAACUUGACACAACUGUGGGAAGCAUUAGAGUCAACAUGGGCCAGCAUCCCUGUGGAACGGUUUCAACACCUUGUAGAAUCAAUGCCCUGACGAAUUUAGGCUGUCCUGAGGGCAAAAGGGGGGGGGGGGGUGUUCCUAAUAUUUGGUAUACUCAGUGUAUAUAGGGAAUAGGGUGCCAUUUGGGACGCAGACAGAGUUUCUAUUGUCACUGGCUAUAUGUUCCAUUCUAUGUACUUCCAUUCUCCAGAGCGAGCACACAAAUGGAAGUAGGAGUCAAUGGUUUAAACGUGCAUAUUUUGGCGAACCACCUGUGCUACUCUUAAGUACACAAACCUCUCCCCACUCCAUCUCUUUUUCAGGAGAAGAUUAAAGAGAUGUUUGAGAACCUGAUGCAGGUUGAGCACCCAAAUAUAGUCAAGUUCCAUAAGUACUGGCUGGAUAUGAAAGAGAGUCGAGCUCGGGUAAGUCUGCUAUCUAGAUCAACCUCUAAGGCCUGUCAUUAUCACUCAUUCUCUUAGGAAAUGUCUCUCUCUCUUUAUCUCACACUGACAGUAUCUCUGAACUGGGAUCGAUUGCUUUGGUCUGCACACUGAUAAUAUCUCUUUCUGCUAUCUGUUGGACAGGUAAUCUUUAUCACAGAGUACAUGUCCUCAGGCAGCCUCAAGCAGUUUCUCAAGAAAACCAAGAAAAACCAUAAGACCAUGAAUGUCAAGGUCAGUGUCUCUCUGCUAUUGGGGAAAUACCCUCUGACCCCUGGCUGUGACACACGUUUUGAAACACUCGAAACAGGGAGGUACUACCUGAACACUACAUGUCCAAUAAAAACACACAUUUUCUUUGUCCAUUUCAAAAUGUUUUGCUACCUUGUACUGAACCCGUCCCUGGUCAGACAUUAGGGGAUUAUACUUAAGUCGUUUUCUAUCCUUGCAAACUUCAAUCAUAUCCCACUUUUUAAGUGUCUGCAGUUCACUCUGUUAUGUAUUCCAGGCUUGGAAGCGAUGGUGUACCCAAAUUCUCUCUGCCCUCAGGUAAGACCAAUAACAUUCUCAUCCCCUCUAUUAUUUUCAGUGGCAGUGUAAACUAUUACUCUAGGACUGACUGGGGUCUUCAUCUCUUGUCGUGGAGAGGUAAUGGGUAUGCAGGCUUUUGUUCCAGUCCAGCACUAACAUAUCUGAUUAAUAUAAUAAUUAUUAAAAUAAUAAUAAUAUAUGCCAUUUAGCAGACACUUUUAGCCAAAGCAACUUAGUCAUGCGUGCAUCAAUUUUUUACAUAUGGGUGGUCCCGGGAUUCUACUAAUCAUGGUCCCAUAGUUUUCCGGGGGCAAGAGUUGGAAUUGGAGACCCAAAGUGUUCAGUCACUUAAUUGCCAUGUUAUUUACCACCAGUUACCUGCACUCCUGUGAACCGCCCAUUAUCCAUGGCAACCUGACCUGUGACACCAUCUUUAUCCAACACAACGGCCUCAUCAAGAUUGGCUCAGGUCUGAUACAGCAAAGACUUUCUACCUAACCUUAACCUAACCCUAACAUAAACCUAACUCUAACCCUGCCGUAGCAUGGCCUUUAGGAACAACUCAAUUGUGACUUGACAGCUUCAUCUGAAUAAAUGGUAGCAAUAACAGUUAGCAUUGCAUACUAGAAAACACCUAUACAUUGUGUGUAAUACAAUUACCCGAAGGUGUAUUGUCAUUAUUGUUGUCGUUCUAUGCCACUGAAGUUAAUACUGGAUACUCUGCUCUUUUCUAUCUACAGUAUGGCACCGGCUGUUUGUGAAUGGUAAGAACCAUAUAACGUGCUGCACAUCUACAGUGGGGAGAACAAGUAUUUGAUACACUGCCGAUUUUGCAGGUUUUCCUACUUACAAAGCAUGUAGAGGUCUGUAAUUUUUUAUCAUAGGUACACUUCAACUGUGAGAGACGGAAUCUAAAACAAAAAUCCAGAAAAUCACAUUGUAUGAUUUAUAAGUAAUUAAUUUGCAUUUUAUUGCAUGACAUAAGUAUUUGAUCACCUACAAACCAGUAAGAAUUCCGUCUCUCACAGACCUGUUAGCUUUUCUUUAAGAAGCUCUCCUGUUCCCCACUCAUUACCUGUAUUAACUGCACCUGUUUGAACUUGUUAUCUGUAUAAAAGACACCUGUCCACACAUUCAAUCAAACAGACUCCAACCUCUCCACAAUGGCCAAGACCAGAGAGCUGUGUAAGAACAUCAGGGAUAAAAUUGUAGACCUGCACAAGGCUGGGAUGGGCUACAGGACAAUAGGCAAGCAGCUUGGUGAGAAGGCAACAACUGUUGGCGCAAUUAUUAGAAAAUGGAAGAAGUUCAAGAUGACGGUCAAUCACCCUCGGUCUGGGGCUCCAUGCAAGAUCUCACCUCGUGGGGCAUCAAUGAUCAUGAGGAAGGUGAGGGAUCAGCCCAGAACUACACGGCAGGACCUGGUCAAUGACCUGAAGAGAGCUGGGACCACAGUCUCAAAGAAAACCAUUAGUAACACACUACACCGUCAUGGAUUAAAAUCCUGCAGCGCACGCAAGGUCCCCCUGCUCAAGCCAGCGCAUGUCCAGGCCCGUCUGAAGUUUGCCAAUGACCAUCUGGAUGAUCCAGAGGAGGAAUGGGAGAAGGUCAUGUGGUCUGAUGAGACAAAAAUUGAGCUUUUUGGUCUAAACUCCACUCGCCGUGUUUGGAGGAAGAAGAAGGAUGAGUACAACCCCAAGAACACCAUCCCAACCGUGAAGCAUGGAGGUGGAAUCGUCAUUCUUUGGGGAUGCUUUUCUGCAAAGGGGACAGGACGACUGCACCGUAUUGAGGAGAGGAUGGAUGGGGCCAUGUAUAGAGAGAUCUUGGCCAACAACCUCCUUCCCUUAGUAAGAGCAUUGAAGAUGGGUCGUGGCUGGGUCUUCCAGCAUGACAACGACCCGAAACACACAGCCAGGGCAACUAAGGAGUGGCUCCGUAAGAAGCAUCUCAAGGUCCUGGAGUGGCCUAGCCAGUCUCCAGACCUGAACCCAAUAGAAAAUCUUUGGAGGGAGCUGAAAGUCUGUAUUGCCCAGUGACAGCCCCGAUUCCUGAAGGAUAUGGAGAAGGUCUGUAUGGAGGAGUGGGCCAAAAUCCCUGCAGCAGUGUGUGCAAACCUGGUCAAGCCCUACAGGAAACGUAUGAUCUCUGUAAUUGCAAACAAAGGUUUCUGUACCAAAUAUUAAGUUCUGCUUUUCUGAUGUAUCAAAUACUUAUGUCAUGCAAUAAAAUGCAAAUUAAUUACUUAAAAAUCAUACAAUGUGAUUUUCUGGAUUUUUGUUUUAGAUUCCGUCUCUCACAGUUGAAGUGUACCUAUGAUAAAAAUUACAGACCUCUACAUGCUUUGUAAGUAGGAAAAUCUGCAAAAUCGGCAGUGUAUCAAAUACUUGUUCUCCCCACUGUAUCUUAUUCUCAGUGAACGUCACAAUAUUCUGUGUGGUCUGGUGUCUGGGUUAGAUUUUUUUUACUGUCUAUCUUGCUCUCACAGUGUUUCCGGAGGCCAGUGUUCAUGGUAAAGUCCGCCCCAACCGAGACGAACAGAGGAACCUGCACUUCUUCUCUCCUGAAUACGGCUGUGAGUGUUUUACUGGGCCUUCCUCUAUUUCUAUAUCUAUUAUGGCCCGUAUUCAUAAAGCAUCUCAGAGUAGGAGUGCUGUUCUAGGAUCCGGUCCUUUUUGUUCAUGUAAUCUUAUUCAUUAUGAUCUAAAAGGCUAAACUGAUCCUAGACGCUUGAAUGAAUAUGGGCCUUUCUUGCUUUUAUGGGUUGCCAGUUUCACUAAAGAUGCGGAAAAGAAGUAAAUGGAACUCCAAAACAAUGGAAAUGCCAUGGAAACGCGUUGGGGAAAGAUGCUGUCAUUGCCCCCCAGCAAAAUAAGCCUAAAUUUGGCCUAUUGUUUAUAUGUGUAUUUCAUACUAUGUUGAGGUAAAAAUCACAUUGUGGGCCUGUUACAAUACAUAAAUCAUGACUUUGUUUGAUCAGAUUUGUUGAAUGUGCGCCAAUCCAGCGUCCUUCUAUCCCCCAUGGUCUGCAUUCCAUUGACCUCUUUACUGCAUCUAUGGAAUUUCUAACCAUGCUGUGACUAGACAGUCAUUAUGUUACAUAUUGAUUCCAACUGUUCUCUCUCUCCUUAUGUCUAGUGGCUGAGGAUGACUAUGCUAUUGACAUCUUCUCCUUUGGGAUCUGUGCUCUGGAG